CAGUUUCUUAGUAAACAGCUGUGAACUCCAUGUGUCCCUCUUUCUUUCAGGAAGUAGAAGAAUCCCAUGGUAGCCAGGUGGGCGAAGGGGAGCGAGGACGAUACACCUGCUUUGAAGAAGUCGCCAUUUGAGCGGUCCCAAAGCCUGGCCAUGGACCCGAUUAACAUCAGCAUGGCCAGUGAUCCCCUGGGGAAGCGCACUGCUGGAACUGGCCUCAAGACCAGCAGGCCCCGAGUCAUGUCCAAGAGCGGACACAGCAACGUGAGAAUCGACAAAGUGGAUGGCAUAUACUUGCUCUACCUCCAAGACUUGUGGACCACCGUCAUCGACAUGAAGUGGAGAUACAAGCUCACGCUGUUUGCCGCCACGUUCGUGAUGACCUGGUUCCUUUUUGGUGUGAUCUACUAUGCCAUUGCCUUCAGUCAUGGGGACUUAGAACCCAGUGAGCACACUUCAAAUCACACCCCCUGCAUCAUGAAAGUGGACUCCCUCACGGGGGCAUUUCUCUUUUCCCUGGAAUCCCAGACAACCAUCGGCUACGGAGUCCGUUCCAUCACGGAGGAAUGCCCUCAUGCCAUCUUCCUCUUGGUGGCUCAGCUGGUCGUCACCACCUUGAUUGAGAUCUUCAUCACGGGCACCUUCCUGGCCAAAAUCGCGAGACCCAAAAAGCGGGCGGAGACCAUCAAGUUCAGCCACUGUGCCGUCAUCACCAAGCAGAACGGGAAGCUGUGCUUGGUGAUCCAGGUGGCCAACAUGAGGAAGAGUCUCCUGAUUCAGUGCCAGCUCUCGGGAAAGCUCCUCCAGACCCAUGUCACCAAGGAGGGGGAGCGCAUCCUCCUCAACCAGGCCACCGUCAAGUUCCACGUGGACUCCUCUUCCGAGAGCCCCUUCCUCAUCUUGCCCAUGACAUUCUACCACGUGUUGGAUGAGACGAGCCCCCUGAGAGAUCUCACCCCCCAAAACCUUAAGGAGAAGGAGUUUGAGCUGGUGGUUCUCCUCAAUGCCACGGUGGAGUCCACCAGCGCUGUCUGCCAGAGCCGCACGUCUUACAUCCCAGAGGAGAUCCACUGGGGUUUUGAGUUUGUGCCUGUGGUUUCUCUCUCAAAAACCGGCAAGUACGUCGCUGAUUUCAGUCAGUUUGAACAGAUCCGGAAGAGCCCAGAUUGCACUUUUUACUGCACGGAUUCCGAGAAGCAGAAACUCGAGGAGAAGUACCGUCAGGAGGAUCAGAGGGAAAGAGAGCUGAGAGCGCUUCUGUUGCAACAGAGCAACGUCUGAUGGCGGUGGUGUCGCCUCGACUUAACUCCGAGCUGCUUCCACAUCUGAGCUCCCUUCAAACCCAGAGGUCACCGGGAAAACAAAAAUGUGUGGACUCACUCUGAAAAACUGCACAGAUGUACAGACCCGUUCCUCUGAUCUGGUGUCUAAACAAGCAUUCCACAUCUGGGAGCGUUCCCUCUUUAAAUGCUUUGUGUGAAGCAAACUCUCCAAAUACAAAUGUUUUAAAAGGGGGACUGCAUUUCAGAGAACUUGGUGGAGGCUACGUGAAACAAUCUGGAUGGACAGAUAUUUCGCAAUGCUGAUAUUGAAAGGAAAUGCAUUUCCAUACAAGGAUGUCAGCUAUAAUAACAUGUAUUUAUUCAAUCCAAGGAUCAAAGACGAGAUGGCCGAGAGCUGAAACGUGGUUCACUACCCACUUAUAUCAUUGCUCUAAAACACACUCAUUUUUUCAAGCAGAGAAAAAGGUAUUUAUAAUGAAGCCUAUCUGGUAAUACAUAAAAAGGGGCAAAGGGGCUCUGUACUCACAAAAUAUAAUAAUUCUGUUUUUACCUUUUUCGGUGAAUGUAAUUGUACAGAGUGAAAUUGAUCAA